AUGACCCAGCGUACACCACUCGAACGGGACCUCCUCGAGAAGGCCGCCCAGUUUCUGCCCGGUAGCGGCACCGGCAACACCACCUAUCCCGAUGAGCUCAAGUUCCUGGUUCGCGAGGGCAAGGGAGGACGUAUUUGGGAUGUGUCGGGCAACGAAUACGUCGAUUGGUUGAUGGGUUCCGGACCCAUGAUCCUGGGACACGCCCAUCCGGCGGUCACCGAGGCGGUUUUGUCUGCCGUCGGCCGUGGCUCGACGUUUUUCACCACCAACGAUCAGGCCGUUCUGCUGGCCGAAGAGCUCGUCGACGCCGUCCCCUGCGCUGAGCAGGUCCGGUUCAUGACCAGCGGCACCGACGCCUGCUUCCAGGCCAUGCGCGCCGCUCGCGCCUACACCGGGAAGGAGAAGAUCCUAAAGUUCGAGGGCGGAUACCACGGCUCCAGUGAUUACGCCAUGAUGUCCGUCUUCGCAUCUGCGGCCGUGGAGUUCCCCCAAGCCGAACCCAACACCGCCGGCAUACCCAAAGCCCUGAACGACCUGAUGCUGGUGUCGCAGUUCAAUGACCUGGACACCACCGCGGCCAUCGUGUCGGCCCACAAGGACGAGAUCGCGGCCGUAAUCGUAGAGCCGCUCCAGCGCACCAUUGCCCCCAACCCCGGCUUUCUUCAGGGCCUUCGCAAGAUCACCCAGGAGGCCGGGCUGCUGCUGAUUUUCGACGAAAUCGUCACCGGGUUCCGCCUGGCUUAUGGCGGAGCCCAGGAAUACUACGGCGUGACGCCCGACAUGUGCACCGUCGGCAAGAUCAUGGGGGGCGGCUAUCCCCUCGCGGCGCUCAUGGGUAACGCCGACGUGAUGUCAGUCUAUGACCGGGCCGCAGCGCCAGCCGACAGCUACGUCGACCAGAUUGGCACGCUCAACGCCUUCCCCAUCGCGUGCGCCGCAGGACUCGCCACCCUGGCCGAGUUGCGUGCCGAAGGCGCCUAUGACCGCCUCCACGAGGUUGGUGGACGCAUUCGGAGCGCCCUUGUGGACGCUUGCGAAACCGAGGGUUUCUCCGUCCAGAGCGUCGGUGAAGAUGCGAUCUUCGACAUCUAUUUCGCCGACCACCCGGUUCGGAACUUCCGCGAUGGCCUGGCUGCCGACGGCCAGCCUCUGGCGCGCCUCAACGCCGGCCUUCUGGGACGCGGCAUCCUCAAGUCCUGGCCGCAGAAAUUCUACCCCUCGAUAGCCCACACCGAUGCCGACAUCGACCGGACCGUCGACGCCAUCCGCGAAGUCGCCCCCACCAUCAAAGGCUGA